AUGCUGAUGCAAGAAACGCACCUAACGGAAGAGAGGAAAGCGGAGUUGCACAGAAUGUUUGCAAACAGGAUAAAGAUAUUUUACUCACCUCACCCUGAGGCGCCAACGCAGAAGGAAGGCGUGGCAAUCGUGCUAAACAAGAAGAUAAUAAACACGGAGGGAGCAAGAAUGACGGUUGUGGUCCCAGGAAGGGCAAUGCAACUCUCCCUCCCCUGGCGAGGGGGGGAACAGAGAGAGAUCCUCUGUAUCUACGCCCCAACGUCGGCGGGGGUGGCAGAGAGGAGAGCGUUCUACCAGCAAGUUAGAGAUUUCUACCGCACGAGACCGACCGUCCCAAAGCCCGACCUCAUGGCAGGUGACUUCAACAAUGUCGAAGACGUCCUGGAUCGGUCGCCGGCCACCGAAGACGCUGUGGACGCGUCAGCCGAAGACUUGGAUGAGCUGAAAGCGGACCUCGGACUAAUGAUGGUCGACGGCUGGCGUGCAGUACACCCGGACACGAGAGACUUCACCUUCCAGAGAGGUGUAGGCGAUGCGAGAACGAUGUCGAGGCUUGAUAGGAUAUAUGUCACUAGAGAUCUCGCCAGGUGGGCUAGAGACUGGAAAAUAGAACCAGUAGGAGUUAAGACUGACCACAAUAUGGUCUCUGUCAUGCUAACGGCCCCGAGUGAACCGGCGGUGGGGAAAGGAAGGCCUGUCUUCCCGCUGCACCUACUCAAGGACAAGAAGUUGGCGGCGAAAAUGAAGUCAAAAGGACUAGAAGCAAUGAAAGAUCUUGAGGACGUUACACGGGAUGGUAGGACUCAGGUGUCAAACCCGCAAGUAAUCCUGCACAAGUUGAAGGGAGAAUGGCUUGCGAUGGCGAGGCAACGAGAGAAGGAAACGGUCCCGAAGCUAAUCCAGGAGAUCGGCUUGCUUGAAGCAAGGCUAGCAGAGGUAACGAAUGACAAGGAAAGCGGCGAGGCAUUAGGAUGGCCGAAAUGGCGAGACAGCACCACGACAACAUCCAGGAUGACGGAGCGGAUGUAA